UUUACAGCGGUAAGACGUGCGUAGUGAUCGCGAUCCGGCCGAGUUUCGCCAGCUUUUUACUUUUCCCAGAGGGAGCCAAAAGAAAGGAGAAAAAAAAACUCAUUUGUCAUCCGCAGUUUGCCGUUGGCUCGAAAUGAGAUGUGCGAAGGUGAAGUGGCUUUCUUCGGCUCAACAGCUAUUGUAGUGUUUUGCUGUCGUUCCGCUUACAUUUGGAAUGUGAUCGUAAACUCGUGCUAGCCUAGAUUCGUUUCGGAUUAACUGCGCUGCAUCCGGAACGAGAGCAGUGGGAAUUUUCGGGUUUCUCGCCUAGUUUCGUGCUAAUCACUUAUCGCGAUUAUACGUAAUUUGAAAUUUAUAAGUUGGGUUUGAAGAAAUAUUUGUGCAAAUUAUCGUUAUAAAUCGAUUGGGAAAUAAAUAGUUAAUCGAAGUGAGCAACAAAGUGAAGAGUAGAUUGUGCAAUCAAACGAGCUUUUCGUUGUGUCCAAGAACUAGUGUUAGUGUUGGUGAGGUGUCCCUGCAGCGUUCAGAUGGCUGACUGCUGAAGAAAAUGUUCGACAAAUAAUCGCCCAAGAGGGGUCAGUCUGGGUUAAACAGCACGAUUUUUUUUCGCGCAGUUAGUGAUCACUCGAAUUGUGUGAAAGUAUCUCCUCAUUGAGUGUAUUAGUCAAAUACCAUCCGUUUGACGAAACCAGAGGUUUCUCCACAACCUAGCAAACAAACUAGGAUACAAAAAACACAUCAUCGGAACCUGGAGAUAUCCGCCUCGCGAUGACGAGAGCUGAGCAGAAACCGAAGGCGAGGAUGCGGCUCCAGCAACUGGUUUUUGCAUCGGUGGCUAUACUGCUGUUUGUAGCAGAACCGGUUCGGAGUCAAACCAUCAACCGAACGCCGCAUUUCAUUCCAGGCUCGGGAGAUAUGUCUAGAUUUAGGCUACCGGAAAACACACCGGUCGGCAGUGUCGUCUACCAACUAAGAGGCGUUGACCCCGAGGGAAGCAAGUUGCGAUACAGCAUAUCUGGACCAGUUUUCAGCGUGGAUCGACACACCGGUGUGGUGCGAUUACGACAGUCAUUGGAUCGUGAGGUACAGGACACGGUAGAAGUGAUCAUCAGUCUAACAGACGAAGGCACCCUUGGAACGGAACCAAACACCGUUUCACUGAGGCGUGAAAUUCCUAUCCGUGACUACAACGACAAUACCCCCACGUUCAUUGGACGGCCGUACAGUGCGUCGAUAAGCGAGUCUACCAAACCGGGAAGCAUCGUUAAAAUCAGUCCCGAUAUCAUCGUUACAGAUCUGGACGAAGGCAUGAAUGCAGAUGUAAAACUAUCCUGCUAUCUCGAUCCUUCGAAGGAGAACGACGACAUCUGUGAGGUAUUCGAAGUUAGAACUGAAAAAAUUGCACAGGGCAAAUUUGGUGCACAAAUUAUUCUUAAGAAAACAUUAGAUUUCGAAACGAGACCGUCCUAUAUUCUAACUAUUCAAGCCAAAGAUGGGGCAAUCGGUAAUCCACUCAAAUCAAAUGCAACCGUUGCCAUCACAAUAAUCGACGUACAGGAUCAGCCCCCGGUAUUCAUUAAUGCACCGUACUCAGCAUCAAUACCGGAAAACACUCCCGAAGAAACGACCGUCCUUGUCAUCAAUGCAACAGAUGGUGACACCGGAAGUCCUCGACCAAUAGUACUUUCAUUGGAAAACGAUCCGAUGAAGCACUUUGCUCUUAAAUUCAUUGGCAAUCCACGAGGUGGCGUUGCCGAAUUAAUAACCACAGAUCGGGCUCUCGAUCGAGAAGAUCUAAAAAUUAUUCGCAAUGGAGGCGCGUACACUUUCUCCGUUCGUGCUACGGAACUUAUUAAUAAUGAAGUGCCAGGAGACUCGACCAGCUCCCAAAUAACUAUCGUUCUAACAGACGUCGAUGACCACAACCCAGAGUUCAAUAAACCGUCAUUCGAAGUUUCAAUACCGGAAAACCUAGAAAAUGAGGCCCCUCUACCAGAUCUGGCCAUAGUAGUCACCGAUUUGGAUCUCGGUGCCAACAGCAGAUAUACGCUGUCAUUGAGAAAUAUUCACAACUCAGAAGGAGUUUUUUCAGUAUCUCCGAGACAAGGCGAAGGCCGCACACCGGUCGUGGUCAAAGUAAAAGACACCUCCAAGUUAGACUAUGACGUGCAGGACGUCAAUCUUAGAAAGUUCGUUUUCGACAUUGUUGCUUCCGUCAAUGGAUUGGAAAAAUCUAAAACUCAGGUUACAUUACAUCUGCAGGACGCAAACGACAACUCACCCAUCUUUCCACGCUCGAACUAUAAACUGCAAGUUAAAGAAAACUCUCCAAAAGGAUUCAAAAUUGCAAACAUCACAGCAAUUGAUCAUGACACCGGAAUGUUUGGCAGAUUAAUCUACAUGAUGAAAGGAUUCGGUGCAGACUCGUUUUAUACUGAUCCCACAAAAGGCGGUGUAUACGUAAAUCAUAAUCUAGAUUACGAAUCACAGAAAAGCUACAGUUUAGCACUAGUGGCUAUAGAUGGAGGAGGUCGAGAAACUAAUGCGAAUCUGUUGAUUGACAUCAUGGAUGUCAACGAUAAUUAUCCCGCUUUCGAGUCACUUGAAUACACCAGAACGAUCCGUGAGGGAGCAACCGAAUUUGAACCUCAAUUUUUCGUCCAUGCCACCGAUCAAGAUGGUCCACAACAAGGUGGUGGCAAGGUAACCUACUCAAUCGAAUCCGAGAAUAGUAUUUCCGGUCACGUUUUCUCAGUGGAUCCGGUUAGUGGUGAAAUCAAAAUUACUCGUCCGGUAAACUCGAUGGACACUGAACGUGGACAAUAUGAACUGAUAUUGGCAGCCACCGAUCAUGGAGUUCCUCCGCUCAAAAAUGAUACUAGAGUUUUGGUGCGUGUUGGAAUUUCCGGUAACCAGAGGCCAAUCUUUAAAGGAUUGUUUUCCAACGGCAUGAAUGAUAUUCCCGGGCCUCCAAGCUACCGGGUAAGCAUUCCGGAGAAUGCUCCUGCUGAGUACGUCGUAGCUAACGUGAGCGCUACGGAUCCGGACGGAAUCGAUGAUUUGCUAAUGUACAAAAUCGUUGGAGCGAGUGAUAAUUUUAAAAUGAAUGAUCACACCGGCCAGAUUACUGUUGCACGGGACACCCGUUUGGAUCGAGACAGCAAUCCGGAAAGUUACACCAUUGUAGUGAACGCCAUCGAUGCUGGAUUUCCGAUUCCGGAAACGGCAACCACGACGGUGUAUGUCAAAAUUCAAGACGUCAACGAUAAACCGCCAAAGUUUUCCCAGCAAUCGUAUACGGCAUACGUUUCCGAACGCACCAGCAUUGAUUCUGAGGUGAUCAGAGUAACUGCCAGUGAUACUGAUUUGAAUGCUAAGAUAUUAUAUUCAAUCGUUGAACCUAUAACUGCCAAAACAAAAGCCGGAAUCCCGCUGCUGUCAACUUCGCCAUAUGACUACACAACAGCUUUUCGCAUCAGCGAAGAUGAGGGGGUUAUCUAUGUGAACAAUACCCUGGACUACAACUACGCUGCUGUGAUCACUCUAACAGUUCGCGCGGUCGACGUCAAUGCCGAAUACAACGUCGACAUGCAACAAGACCGUGCUGAGGUUACAAUGUUUGUGCAAUCCUUUAAGGAUACGAACCCAAUUUUCAAAAACAAAGGAUGGAAUACUGUACGACCGAAAAUUGAAGUUAGAAUCAAGGAAGAGCUACCAAUAGGAAGUGUUGUAAUGAAAAUAGAAGCGGAAGAUCCAGUAGCCGACAUUCCAAUUAUGGAUUUCGAACUAGUAAUGCCUGACGUCGAUGGAUGCUUCAGUCUAAACGAAAAAACUGGAGAUGUCAUUCUAAAUAAACGUCUAGACUACGAAACAGCCAAUAAAACAAACAUCGGUUUUGUGGUACGAGCCAUGACGAGCAACCGUAAGCGACAAUCUUUGGCUUACGUCAAUGUCACUUUGGAGAACGUUAACGACAAUGCGCCUAUGUUCGAAAAAGAAGUCUACCGGGUGACCGCCAUGGAAUCCGAUCGAUUCCCGCACCAGAUAGUCACGGUUAAAGCGGCCGACAGUGACGCUGUUUUAAGUGAGCAGGACAAAGUGUCGGGCUUCAACAAAGUGUGGUACAGCCUAGCAGGUUCACAUGCAAACUUGUUCACAAUCGACAACAAGACCGGUACAAUCGGUAUAGCGAAAGGACAAAGCUUAGAUCGAGAAAAACAAUCGGUUCUGAAGCUAUCGGUCAUCGCGGAAGAUAUGCCGGGAAAGGCCAGUGAUGCCAAACGAGGCUACGCGGAGGUUAUUGUUGAUGUGUUGGAUGUCAAUGACAAUGCGCCAAUUUUCGGCCAGAAAUCGUACACGGCCGUCAUUCCGGAGAAUGUACUAGCCGACACGUUCGUGAUUGUCAUAACGGCUCACGAUCCGGACGAAGGUCCAGGCGGAGAGGUGCGCUAUGAAUUCCUCAACGAAGGAGAAGCCAAUGGUCUUCUUCACAUCAACCCGAAAACGGGCGAAAUUAAAACAAAAGUUUUACUAACUGGAAAAGGACGUUCGGAUCCGUACGAGUUGAUUGUUCGCGCACAGGACAACGGCAGUCAGCUACCGAAGCAGCGCUCGUUAUACAGUGACGUGACAUUUACACUGUACAUAGGUGACAUUAGCGCCAACGACGGAAUCCCGUUCUUCAUCGCACCCAAGGUUGGACAGAUAGCGAACGUGACCGAGAAUGCAACAAUAGGCGCACCAGUAUUUCAGGUUAUUGCCAGUGAUCCUGACAGCCCCGCAAGUCCGAGUGGGACGCUACGAUAUCGGAUUCAAUCGGAUAUCGAGGAUGCAAAGUCGUUUAGGAUUGACUCAAAGACUGGACUUAUAACUACCACCAAAUCACUCGAUCGUGAAGUGAAAUCUAUGUAUAAUAUUAUUAUUGAAGUCAGUGAUAUGGGAGAACCUCCACAAGCUUCAACAAUUGUCUUGCGAAUCAAUGUGCUUGACAUUGAUGACCACAAACCACAGUUUAAGCGAGAUGUGGAUGCACAGCCAAUAGAAAUGAUGGUACUAGAAGAACAGCCAGCUGGAGCAAUUGUAGGUAAUUUAUCAGCGUUGGAUGAGGACAUUGACGAAAAUGGUGCGAUAGAUUAUGAAUUUAUAGAAGGCAACGAGUUGGAACUUUUUAAAAUUUCUCGAACCGAGAGUAACGCUGCUAUUAUAACAACUACGAAGCCUCUGGAUCGUGAAACACUAGAAUCUGUGAGCCUUACGAUCAAAUGUUUCAAGUACAAGAAUAAUCCUUUAUCGACCGCCUCUACAUACAACAAGUACGAUCGUUCCGAACAGAGGAUCAUCAUUCGUAUAGCGGAUAUCGAUGAUCACUUGCCUGAGUUUGAGAAAGAAAAGCAAACUGUAGGUAUACGACACAACGUGCCAAUCGAUACUCCAAUCGUUUCCUGCAAAGCGCAUGACGAAGAUCCGGGAGCAGCUCCAAUCUUCUACAGUCUUCAAAAUAUAACGUUUGUUCCACAAUUUUUCCGACGGGACAACCGAACUGAAGACCCGCGAGAAGUGUUUAGUUUGAAUAAUUCCACCUGCGAAAUUCGUACUUCCCACAGCAUGUCGGACUACGUCGAUGGAUUCUUCCAAGUCACCGUUAGGGCUAGUAACUCACACAGCGCAGAUCGUCAAGUGGAAACCAAUCUGAAAAUUUUUGUCAUACGAGAUAAAUCCUUGUUGCGAUUUGUUUUCUCAAAACCGCCAUCCGAAAUCAAUAGCGUGCUGGAAAGCUUUGCCUCUGAGAUGCAGUCUAAGCUAACAGCGUCAAGCCUCGAACUGUCCGUGUUCGAUGCUCAGGUUUUCGCUAAACCCGAUCACAGUCUUGAUUUCAGCUCUACAAGUUCCUGCUUUCAACUAUCUCGUUCCGGGUCUGCACUAUCACCACAGGAAAUGCUCAAAAUAAUGGACAGCCAGGAUAUUAAAGAUGCUCUGCUGGAAACUUAUCUGAAAUAUUCGGUGCACAAAAUCGAUUCCUGUUCAGUUUCCCGUAAACCUCAAACAGCAUCGCUUAUAGCAUCCUCUGGGACCUGGCUGGUGAUACUGGCUGGACUGAUAGGAUUUGCAGCAUUUGCUUCUACCAUUACCGCAUGUUGCUUAGCAAGAAGAUACAAAUCUCAACUGCGAAUGUCGACAGCCUCGCAACGCGUCGGAAGUUCCGAUAUUUACGGUAGUGCCACCCCGGUUUUGUAUACUGAACCGAUCUACGGGGUUCUGUAGCGCAAGCUGCACUAUCGAACCCAUCAUAGUCUGUACAAAACAAGUCAUAUAAACAGUCAUAGAAAAUUUCGAAAAUUUACCGCACAAAACGGCGUACGUUAUUGGAGUUCGAACGACAUGUCGAGCCUCAUCACUGGACAUCGCCGUAUCAGCAGCCAUUCCGGACGUGGAUUUGAUAACUAACGAUGUUUUUAAACUUGCCCUACUAUAACAUGCUGCACCGAUGAAUCGGUGUUGAAGAGUGUGGCACGCCAUAACCUUGAAUUCGUGCGCCGUUAAAAAUGUUAAGUUUUGACUAGAGCACGAGAGGAAACAGCACUCGUGCUAGUGUAAGCUAUUUAUUUUUUCUCCGUAGGACGUUUAAGAAUUAGAAAACAGAACGUGUUGUUAAUGGAAGUUUGAAUGUACUGGGAUAGAUUUUGGGGUAUGAUUCGUUGAAGUACGCUGUAUGAAUGUCCACCAGAAACUGGAAGAGUGAAUUGUGCGUGAGAUUUGAUUGUAAAUACAGAGGCAAAACAAUUGCAAAUAAAGUAAGACUUUUAAAAUUGGUAUGUGUACAUUUGUUAGCCCCUGAAUGCUCCCUUAGUCAAGCCACUGGUGAAGUGGUUGUAAACAGAAGGUCUGUACGUGUCAUGCAUUAGAAACAUUGUCUUCGAGACCUUUUGAUGCUAAGACAUAUGUUAUGCAAUCACAAUGCUUCAAAUUAUGCGUAUUCUCGAUUGAAACAUUAAUUUGGAAAAUACACUUCCUUAAUUUAUUUAAAUAAUUAUAAUUUGAUUUUAAAACACACAAAAAAUAAUAAUUCAAUUAGACUACUUGAAAUAGUAUAUCUCAUAAUAGCUAACAACACUGUAAAUUCCCAUCUACGAUUUGA